ACAAUCACCCGUCUCCUCUCCGUAUCUUUUCCUGGACUUGACCUUCUUGUCAGGCCGUAGUGGCUAGUGCUAUCAAUGGUGCUCCGGUGUUAAUUCGAUUUCGAGCGCAUUGCCUCCUCUCAGCGGAAAGGACCAAGUGAAAGAUGGCUGUGGCUGCCAGGUCGUUCUCGAAAUUCGCUGUGAGAAACUGUGGAAGCCUGUUACGCUCUCAGGUGAGAUUUAAUUACACAGAAACUAGGAAGAAUUUAAAAAUCGAUGCAAAUACCAAAGUGAUAUGUCAAGGUUUUACUGGAAAGCAAGGGACUUUCCAUUGCCAGCAAGCGCUCGAUUAUGGUACAAAGAUAGUAGGUGGUGUCAGUCCCAAGAAGGCUGGAACGGAGCAUCUUGGUAAACCGGUGUACAAAUCCGUUAAAGAGGCGAAAGAUGCGACCGGUGCUACCGCGACAGUCAUUUAUGUUCCUCCUCCGGCGGCGGCCUCGGCCAUUAUGGAAGCGAUUGACGCAGAAAUGCCAUUAAUUGUUUGCAUUACGGAAGGUAUUCCUCAGCACGACAUGGUCAAGGUGAAGAGGCGAUUACUCGAGCAAAAUAAGUCGCGUUUAAUUGGCCCCAAUUGCCCUGGAAUAAUAGCGCCCGAACAGUGCAAAAUUGGCAUCAUGCCCGGCCAUAUACAUCAAAAGGGGAAGAUCGGCAUCGUCUCGAGAUCGGGGACCCUAACUUACGAGGCUGUGAAUCAAACGACGCUUGCGGGACUCGGGCAGACAUUGUGCGUCGGCAUCGGUGGCGAUCCGUUCAACGGCACCGAUUUCAUCGACUGCCUGGACGUGUUUCUCACCGACCCGGAUUGCGACGGCAUCAUAAUGAUAGGCGAGAUCGGUGGCAGCGCAGAGGAAUUCGCGGCCGAGUAUCUCAUCGAAAAGAAUACCGGUGGAAAAGCUAAGCCGGUGGUGUCAUUUAUCGCCGGUAUUACCGCACCGCCGGGACGAAGAAUGGGACACGCCGGUGCCAUAAUCUCGGGAGGAAAAGGCGGGGCGCAAGACAAGAUUAAUGCACUCGAAAAAGCUGGUGUAAUAGUGACAAGGAGUCCUGCACAAAUGGGUAACGAACUUCUAAAGGAAAUGACGCGGCUCGGCUUGAUUUGCAAUUAAAGCACGCACUACUAUAAUUCUGUGUAGUUUUCUUCAUGUCCGUGUAAAAGGUCUUCGUGAGAAAUAAAUUGAAAGUAUGCCAUACAGCAAUAACUCACAGAACAUAGUAGUGUACUGGGGCAUAAGAGUUAUUUCACUUGCUAAUAUUAUAUAUCAAUUGUUCUUAUUGUCAUAAGACGUUGAUCGACGCUAAAGAUUAUAUGGAGGAUAAC